AUGUCCAAAACACACCGCGGCAGUGGGGUGCUCGGGCUGCGCAAAACCAUCUCGCGCUCGCCCUCCGAGUCCAGCGAGUACGCGGACACCCACCCGCGCCUGCGGCACAAGCCGUGCCUCGCGUCGAGCAGGGAGACGCUCGCGGACGGCACUGCACUGCCGCGCGGGCUCGUCUCGCGGCUGUCGAUGCUCGAGCUCUCACGGCUGACCGCACCCACGGGCCCGCAGUUCGGCCCGACCGCGAGCAGUCUCCACUGCGGUGCCCUCUCUGAUUCGAAGCUCCGCCGCAGCCGCUCGGCGACUUCUCUCGGCUCGGUAGGGUCGGUGCCGACGACGGAGCAGGCAAUGAUCGACGGCUCGGGCUCGCGGCUGGCGGUGCUCGCCGAUCGGCCCGGCGGCUCGCGGAAUCCGUCCCCGGCGCCGGGCAAAGCGCCCACGACGGGCUGCGACAAGAGCCGGCGAGCCUGCUUGCGAAGAGGCACGCUCAGCGCGAGCACGAGCGCGAGCACGGACUGCGGACGCACGCCGCUGGAUGCGUUGCUGCAGCCGCUGCUGCAGCCUCUCGUCGAGCGUGUCGUCCCCGAGGCCUGGCGCGGCACGGUGGAGGGGGUGAGCGCCUCCGCGUGGGCCGCCGCCUCGCAGCCUCUCUCGACGGGCGCCGGCGUCUCGGCGUGGGCCGCCGCGCGCGCCUACGGUCUCGCUCCCGUUGGGUGGCGGGCGUGGCCGGCGGGCUCGACGGCGCGCGAGGUGGUCGGGUGGCUGCAGGAGCGGCCGGGUCCGCUCGCGGGGCUCGGAAGCGCGCUCGGCGAGUGGCAGGCACUCGUGGAGGAGCAGAUAGCGCAGCAGCAGGAGGAGCUCGACGAGCAGAGACGGGCCGCAGUCGCUCUUCGGGAGGGGUGCUCCAUCGCACCGCCCGCCGAGCCAACCACGAGGAUCGGCAGCGAGGAGAUGCAGCUGCAGAGUGGAGACAUGCUCGGGGAGGUGCACGUGCAUGCCGCCGACCACCACGCUCUGCACGCAACCGAGCUGCAGCCGCCGCAGCCGCCGCAGCCGCCGCAGCCGCCGCAGCCGCCGCAGCCGCCGCAGCCGCCGCAGCCGCCGCUUUUCCAGCUGCCAGGCCCGAUGCGGCCGCCGUGCAGCGAGGCGGCGAGGCGGGUCGAGGCGGGUGGUCGGGCGGAGGCUCGAGCGGCGCCGCACCGCGCUCCUGCCGCGCCGCGGCGGCCGCGGCUGGUCCCGACGGCCUUCUCGUGGCCGGGGGAGUGCCACGCCGCGUUCCUCUCGGGCUCCUUCAACAACUGGAGCGAGCGCAUCCCGCUCGAGAGGCGGUGCGACUCGCCCGGCCGCGCCGAGCCCUGCUCCGACUGGUCUCUCGUCCUCCCCCUCCCG